CACCCGCCGGCAUCGAGAAUCUUCCCCAUCGCCAGUAUCCCAAUCCUUGGCUUAUUCUCACCAAUGGCAUAACACCCCUUUUCCGUCAAGGGAAUCGCUUUUCUCAGACAUUGAACGUUGUUCAAGAUUGCGAAACAAUUGACAGCAGCCCCGACUGGGUCCCUAGCGGAGCAUCGUCCAAGACAGCGGUCGGGGACAACAGGCCCCGCUGCCACUGUUUGACGCUGCUCACUUCACCAUCAUUGUUUCCCACAUCACGACUUACCUACUUACAUGACGGACGCCAAUCACACCCUGUCCACCUAUCACCAUAACGCCAGUACCUACAAUGUCAUCCGCACCCACCAUCAGGGCCGGCGGGGGCUCCGGCAAGGCCAAACCCAAGCGAAAGCCGAACGCCAUCCGCCGCAUCAUGGACCACGAGCAACGCGUCCGGGAGAAGUCUGUAGCGUCGUCCUCACCGAUAAACUCCCCUGCUGCCGCAACAGCACCCGCCCGCUCGGUGUGCAAGAAUCCUCAGUGCGACAAGUCGGACGUCCGUGACGGAGCCUGCCAGAACUGCGGCCGUGUCGUGUGGGAGAGUAACAUCGUGGCCGAAGUAACCUUUGGAGAGAGUGCCAAUGGCGCUGCCGUUGUUCACGGUAGUUAUCUGGCCGCCGACCAAGGAGGUAUUCGCCCCACGGCUGGCGGACUUGCUUUUCGGCGUGUGGCUGGCGCCGGUGCGAGUGAAGCCCGCGAGCGAAGUCUCAGGGAGGCCAAGCAGCUCAUGAACCAGUUCGGCCAUCAGCUCCAGAUUGCACCUGUGAUAGCCGAGAAAGCCUUCCAGGUCUACAAGUUCGCCUCUAACAGCAACUUCAUCCAGGGUCGCCGCAAGAACACGGUGGCCGCCGUUUGCGUUUAUGCUGUGUGUCGGAAGGAGGACAACAACAGGGUCAUGCUGAUCGACUUGGCCGACAUCAUCAAGACCGACGUCUUCCUGCUCGGCCGCAGUUACAAAGACUUGCUUACCGCUCUGCCCGACAUGAAAGAUGGCACCAAGCCCAUCAUCAUCGAGGACCUCAUCUAUCGCUUCGCCACCAAACUGGAGUUCCUCCACGACACCAAUAAAGUGGCGCUCUCGGCCAUCCGCAUCGCCCAACGCAUGCGCCACGACAACAUCACACAUGGCCGCCGGCCUGCUGGUAUCUGUGGUGCCGCCUUGAUCAUGGCUGCUCGGGCACACAACUUCCGCCGCACCGUCAGAGAAGUGGUUUACAUCGCCAAGGUCACCAUGACCACUUUGCAGGAGCUCCCCUCCGUUCCUAUCGACCCAGCACUCGAAACCGGGGGUGCGUCCGCCGAGACCUCGGCUCCGCCCGCUUCCCUGACACCUCAGACAGCAGACACGCCCGCUCCUGGUGUCGAUAAGGAUGGCUUUGCCGUCCCCUACCGCAAACCUACCCAGGAAGAUCUGUCGAUCGCCAAUGCCGCAACGGCGGAGGUUGACGGCCAGCUCGAGGACCUGGCAGACGAAUUCGGCGAUUCCGAGGAAGAUGAGCCCGAGGAACUAGACCCAAACAGCGAAAUGGCCAUGGCCGCGGCACAAGGCAUUCAGGUACCUGGCAUGGAGAACAUGAGGAUCAAGCCGAGGGAGCCCGUUCCUGCCCCGGAAAACGACAACCAAGCCAACCCUAACGGCGACGAGGCGAGCAGCCAGAAGCCGGAGAAGCCGACCUUGCGGAUCGAUGAAGAAUGGGAACUUGACGAGAAUAACCUUGAGCAGGAGAUGCAAGGUCAUCUUAACGACCCCGCCAUGAUUGGCGCUUCUGCCCUUGUCACGAGGGAUAUUGAGCAGCGAAGAGAACAAAUAGCCACGGUUCCCGCGAACCCGACGCCGGCUCCUGCUCCACCCAAGGCAAAUACCGACGACGCCUCGGCCGAAAACAGCACCGAGCCGGCCACCCAACCCGUCACCAACGGGACCACCCCUGGGCCCACACAGUCCAACGUCUCGGACGAUCCCAUCAUCCACGAAGAUGAGUUCAAAGACGACCCAGAAGUUAUGUUUUGCAAGCUCUCAGAGAGGGACGUGCUGCUCAAGGAAAUGAUCUGGGCCAACCACAACAAGGACUACAUGCGCAAGGUGCAGCAGAAAAUCUUCGAGGCCAAAGUGCUACAAAACAACCCGCCAAAGCCAAAGCGCAGCCGGGCCCGGAAGCCGCGCAUCGGCGAGGGCCAGGCAUCGCCCGCCGGCUCCGCCACCGAGGCCGCCCAAAACAUGCUCCGCGCACGGGCUAUCAGCACCAAACUCGACUACUCGCGCAUGGGCAACCUGUUCGAGUUCUCCAAGACGGGCCCCGGCAGCACGUACGGCGGCGCCAGCUCGGUGGGCAGCCGCAGCGCGCUCCCCAGUAGCGCCGGGAGCGACGCCGGCAGCGACGAGGAGGACGCCAACGGGGCCCAGACUCCGACACCGGCUGCCGCCGCCGCCAUGACCCCGCAGGAGAGGGCCGCCAAGGCGCUUGCUCCUCCCGAGGAAGAGGAAGAGGAGGAGGAGGAAGACGGAAAUGAGUUUGGUGGCGAGGAGGGCUUCCAAGGGGAGGAGGACGCGUACGAGGAGGAGGAUUUCGAUCCGUUUGGCGACAAUAACGGUGGUGAUGACUUUGAGGAGUGAGGGACUGGGCUUGACUAGACGGGUGUAUGCUAUGUUAUGUACGAGCGGUCUGUCUUUGUGUGUGUGUGUGUGUGACGUUAGGGUUUUGGGGCGGUUUGCGUUUUCUUUCCGAUACCCAACGUGUAUGAGACCGUGUUAGUUAGAGUUAGGCGUGGGCGACCAUAGGAGAGAUGUGAUCCCCGUCGUCGCCGGUUUGGCACGUCACCGAAGCGGUGAAGCGGAUAAUAGUUGUGAGAAUCGCUUGUUGUUUAUGGGAUGCAUUUUGUCUGGUUGGCCCUCGGGGGAGGGGCGGGGAGGGAAGCCGCGUGAACUCUUUGAGGCGCAUGUACAACAUACAAGUCGAGCCGGCGGUCAAGGGCAGGUGCAGACGAGAUCCCCCCCAAGAUAGCAGAUACACACGUUAAAUAGCAUUCGCAACUAAACCUGAAUAUUUAUUUCCGGGGUGCAUCACGAAUUGUCGCAUCCCUGGGA